GUUGUGGUCCAGGUCACGCCCUUCUUGGCAAAACAAGAAGACCCAGGACAGCCUUUACCUCUCAGCAGCUUCUGGAACUGGAGAAACAAUUCAGACAAAACAAGUACCUCUCUAGGCCAAAGCGAUUCGAGGUGGCUACGAAUCUUAUGUUGACUGAAACUCAAGUGAAAAUAUGGUUCCAAAACCGCAGAAUGAAGUGGAAGCGAAGCAAAAAAGCCCACCAAGAAGCCAAAUCCUCCAAAGAAUCUGAUUCCAGCAAAUCACAAACCGUCUUGAACUCACCUCCAAGCAACUACAAAUCGUGUCCUUCAAUAUCUAGUCCGGAAAGCACGGAAAGUCCAGUACCCAUCGAAACCAACCAAGAAGUUCGGAAAAUUCAAGAAAGUGAAACUCUUUACAGACCUUACGUUGUUUAAAAUCACUUGGACUACAGAUCUAGUGUGUUUUGCUCAAGUCGCGGGAUGUGUUCCUCGUAUGACUAGACUUCUCCAACACAUCCAAAUCUCGAGAAUCAUUCAAAUAUCACACAGCUUUUAGAUUUUCAUGGCAGCUGAUUUGAAUGCCAUCUCAGUGAUGAAGCAGACUCGGGAAUAGAUUUUUAAGCUGAUGAAUCCAGAUACCAACGAAACAGUAUUGAUCUAACAUCAAUGUACAAUAAGACUGCAUCUGAUGAGAUCUAUAGUAGGUCAAAACAGCGCCAAAACAGCGCCAGAACUGCAAUA